GAUCUGAGAAAAAACAUGAUUGAUGCUGCAAUUAAAAUUGGUAAACUCUUGAAAUAUACGAAUGCUGGAACUGUCGAAUUUAUUGUAGAUGUCAAGGAAAACAAAUACUAUUUUCUUGAAAUGAACACACGAUUACAAGUUGAACAUCCAAUUACCGAGCUUAUAACUGGUUUGGACUUGGUUGAACUUCAAAUAUUGAUUUCUCAAGGAUAUGAUUUAUCACAUUCACAAUUACCAACACUAAAGUCAAAU